CAAAAGCACGCUGGUCAAUCGUUUGGCGAGUCGCCGACGACGUUUGAGAAGAUUCGCAAUGAACGCAUCCGUGACGAGCAAGUCCUAACGGGAGAUCAGGUCUAUGGUCCUUUCGUAGAUGAAGACGAGUGGGAGCUGGCGAAGUGGCUUAUCAAGAAUGUCGGUCAUAACCAGGCCGAGAACUUUCUAAAGCUUCCUAUUAUAAAGAAUCGUGUUCAACCCACCUACCACAAUAAGGAUCGACUUCUUCAGAACGUCGACUCUCUUCCGAAGGGAGUCGACUGGCAGUGCGAGCUCGUUGAACUGACUGGAGAUAUCAAGAACAUCAAUGGCGAGACGAUGAAAGAGAUGGUUGAGUUCUGGCACCGGGACCCGCUCGAUUGCAUCCGUGAGCUUAUCGGAAACCCGUCCUUUCGCAACCUCAUCCGAUACGCGCCGGAACGUCAAUUCCUGGAUAAGGAUGGAGCAACAAGGGCGAUCAGCGAGAUGUGGACUGCUGACUGGUGGUGGGACUUACAGAGUCUACUUCCGACAGGUGCAACCAUUGCACCUAUCAUCCUGUCGUCUGACAAGACGAGGCUGUCACAACAUCGGGGAGAUAAGAGCGCGUGGCCGGUGUACUUGACCAUCGGGAACAUCGCGAAGGACGUUCGCCGUGAAGCAUCAUCGCAUGCUACGGUGCUCGUAGGCUACCUUCCAGUGGCAAAACUCGACUGUUUCACCGACAAAUCCCGCCCUGCAGCGAAGUACCGUCUGUUUCACUACUGCAUGCGGACAAUGCUGGCAUCCGUUGCACAGGCUGGGCGUUCUGGCGUCAAGAUGACUUGCGCAGACCGUCAGGAUCGCUCGGUU